GACGGCGCUGCCUCCUAAUCCUUAAACGCCAGUCCUUCCGUAUUCUGUCGGAUCCACAGCAGUGUCUACCCUCCUGCGUCUUGUUGAGAGAGCGUUACAGCAGCACGAUGAGUAGUGAGAAAUACCCCAGGUCUUCAAUUGAAGAUGACUUCAACUAUGGCACAAACGUUGCUACAGCCAGCGUACAGAUACGCAUGGACUUCCUGAGGAAGGUGUACACCCUCCUGAGCUUGCAGAUCAUUCUGACCACAGCCACCUCUGCCCUCUUCAUGUUUUCUCAAACCAUCAAGGAGUUUGUCCACGCCAGUCCUGCUGUGGUCUUGGUUUCGGCUCUGGGCUCUCUGGUUCUUCUGCUGGCCCUGGCCGUGUACAGACACCAACAUCCAGUCAACCUCUACCUUCUGCUCGUAUUUACUCUUCUGGAAGCAGUGUCUGUGGCCACAGCGUUGACCUUCUAUGAAUACUCCACCGUACUGCAAGCCUUGUUCCUGACCUGUGCUGUGUUUGCUGGACUAACAGCCUACACCUUCCAGUCCAAGAGAGACUUCAGCAAACUGGGAGCAGGACUGUUCGCCUGCCUGUGGAUCCUCAUUAUUGCAAGCUUCAUGAGGUUCUUCUUCAACAGUGACAGCACAGAGCUGGUCCUGGCUGGAGCCGGGGCUCUGGUCUUCUGUGGUUUCAUCAUCUAUGACACCAACCUGCUGAUGAAGCAGCUCUCCCCUGAGGAGCACAUCCUGGCCUCCAUCAACCUCUACCUGGACAUCGUCAACCUCUUCCUACACAUCCUGCGUGUCCUUGACUCUAUGAAGAAGCACUGAAAGCUGCAGUAGCACUUCACACUGCUUUAUUCAGCUCUAACAGACUGUGCUGUGUUUGUUUAGUGAGUGUUGCUGUCCUGAAGUUCACCAAAAUUGAGAUUUUAGGGAGGGAAACUGUUUUGCUUGGUAAACUGUGUUUACGGGUAGCUGUACUGUGUGCUUCUGUUUAUUUACCAAACAAAUUUUUGUAGCUGAUCUUUUGCUUUUGUAUUAAGUUAAUUAGAUCUAUAUAAAGUCAAUUCUGAAACCAAAAUGUACUCAUCCUAUUAGAAUCCAACUCAGUGAGUUAAAAGUACAGUACAUGAUUUGCUACAGAGCCUACUAGCACCCCCACCUGGCCUAAUUGCAGCUCAUCCUGUGUUUUUGGUCCCAGUUAGACAUUUAUUUAUUUUCAGUGGCAGAUCCACUCCUGGUGUUCUAGUGAGUAUUUCUGGCAGGACAAUGUUAGUGAGAUUGAUUCAAAAUAAACUACAAUAGAGCUCUAUGACACAGAGAAAUCGCAUAUAUCAGGCUUGGUUUUGAUCGAUAAGUAUCUUACCAGCCGUAUCCUUUGAAAUACUGAGGUAUUUUAUUGUGUACUGUAUAUAUUGUUGUGAUAUUGCCCAGCUUUACCAGUUUGCUGCACUGAGCUGUGGAAAUGAGCCAUGGACUUGUGUAUUGUAUGGACUUAAGUAUUUUUUUCCAAUAGUAUCUCUUCGGCUCUAUCAUUCCACUCAUUUAUUUUCAAAUGGAACUUAUUGUUGAAUGUUUUCAGUGUGGUCAACAUUUUGUAGUUUAUAUUUGAUCUGUGUGCUUCCCUUCAAAAUAUCACUGCUGUCUGUUAAAACUACAGUAGGUUACUUUUAUAAAAAAUAACUUUUUGUCAUAUUGCCUGAAAUUUUCACUGUGUCCUGUCUGUAAAAAAGAAUCCACAGGGCCUGACCGCAAACAACAAAUCAGAGCCAAGAAAGCUAGAUGCUUUGGGUAAGUGGCUUGAAGAUAACUGAUGAGUGUCAUUCCCAGGUUGUCAAAUACAAACGCUUUGAUUCCUGGGAAUGAGACUCAACAAUCAACUAUAUUUCUCAGCUCUGAUUGGUUGUUUUCAGGCUCUGGGGAUUCUGGUAAAUGCCAACACUAGGAGAAUUAUCUGUCAAGAACUACUGUCUGGAUAUAGUGAAAGUUUAAGUAAAUAAUACAAAAAGUUUUUUAAAUAAUUUUUAAAAAGGUUACCAACUGCAGCUUUAAUGGUGUACAAUAGCAAGAGGACACGCAUUGAGUUUAAUGAAGUUAAAGUGCAUGCCUGGGUAUAUUCAGAUCUGUGAUUGUACAUAUUUUUAUGUUGUAGUGUACAGUUUUUGGGAUUUAGAGCUGAAACACUAAAAUGAGUAGUACUGAAGUUAGUGAAGAGUCAAAUCUGGGCUUUAUAUGUAUCAGUGUAUCAAGAUAUGGAUAAAUAUUAUCAAGGGAUUAACUAACUGUUCUUAAGAAAUGAUUUAAUAAAAAGACCACAUGCAAUCUGUUUUAUUUUCAAACAACAGUUGUAUGUGUCUCAAAUGAUAUGAAAUUGACUCUUGGUUUUGCACUGGAUUAACAGCAGAUAGGUCUUUGUGUUUGGUUGAUUAAUUGCUGUUCUCUUUUUGCUCUUCAACUGCUGUAAACUCUGUUGUAUAAAGCUAUCACAAUCAUGUAGAAAUAAAGAUUGCCAUAGUUUUCAGCUUAAAAAAGUAUAGGAGAUAUGUUUUUAAGACCAUUUUUUGUUUUUGUUGGAGUUUUGGAAUAUAUUUUAUUUCUAUUUACAUUUUUUGUCACAGGAUUAGAAACAAAUGCGUUUAUUAUCAGUAUUAUACAUUUUGUCUCACAGUCCUGAGCUUUUUUAUUUUUU